UUUGAAAUAGGUGGGGCUAGUAUAGUGGAGUACUAUCUCUCCAGUUCUUUCAGCAUUUCCAUGCUCCUCAAUCACUCUUCUUCUACUGUAUAAUGUCUGAGGAAGAAAUUGUGACUAAUACUACACCAGAAGUUCUCUACCUGCUGCUGUGUAGAGAGCACAGGGUCUCCAGGAGCGUUAGAGUCAAUUGGUUCUUUAAUAACUUAUUCAAGAGCAGCUCACAAUGGCUGAGCACUGGACGCAGUGAAGGAGAGCAAGAUGAAGGUGCUACAGUUAAAGGAGAUGACCCAUUAACUGUACUAUGGAGUAAUACUGAUAGACUCACUCCAUCAACUAGUGUACAUUACAUUGCACAGAAUGCCAGUUUAAUAUUUGUCAUAGAUAUGACAUCAUCGAUGAUGCAAGUGACGCUAGUAUUAACAUGUCUGAUGCACCUAGUUGGUCACAAGUACACCAUCAUCUUUGGUCUAAUAGUGCAGGCUAUACAAUUAUUCAUUUAUGGCGUGUGGACCAGUAAAUGGCUGAUGUGGACAGCUGGUGUCUUUGCCACUCUAUCAACAAUCAUAUACCCAGCAAUAAGUGCUUUAGUCAGCAAAAACACCAAACCAGAACAACAAGGUGUGGUUUUAGGUAUUUUGACUGCAAUGAGAGGUUUAUGUAACAGAUUAGGCCCCGCCCUUUUUGGUCUUAUCUUUUAUCUUUCUCACAUUCAUUUAAAGGAAGUGGGUAGUGUGAGUGUUGCCAUGGCAGCAACCAGCAGUAAUGAUAUUCAUGGGUUCGGCGGAGCCAGUCCUGUACUAAUUAAUGGGACUAUGUCACCUACUGAUAUCAGCAUACAUGGGGGUGGUCUAUUCAGAGGUCUUCCAUUCCUAUUUGGUGUAAUACCAGUACUAAUUGCACUGGUUGUUGCCUUGUGUAUUAAAGAUACUAAUAGUUUUAUAAAGAAAUCAUCAGAACACAAUUCACUCAAUUACCUACUGCCCACUGUCCUUUAUUGUUAG